UCCUAGAGCUUCAUUCAGAGUUUUCCCACUGUUCAGGUAGAUUUUUUUUACCUGUAAGAAACUUCAUCUUCAUUGAGUGGCAACCAUGGGAAUCACAAUAGCCCUAUCUGUGGGAAUUUUGCUGUGGGUCACUCCAUCCGAAGGAUUAUUGUUUGGUUUACCCAGGGGAGAUGCUUUAAACUGUCCCCCUGUUCCUGGAGCCAUUCCCUACUACUUCGGUACCACCGAGUUGAUGUGUAUGAGGUAUGGCCUUCAUAGGAAGAACCCCAUCAUGAAGAGACAUGCACCAAGCCGAUUCACCUUCAACCCGACCCAUCGAUGGAUCUAUUAUGCUGACAUGUUCCUUGAAUUUGGAAAUAGAAUCGGAAAGGAUGCUGCACUGGUCAACUAUUACGUUCCACAUCUGGGCGACGUUUGUCCACUGGACCUUGAACCAGAACCAGCCGGAUUUAGCCGACUGAGUCCUGAAUGCGUCAAAGGCUGCGUGGAAAACUACACCGAUAAAUACGGCAAUUACCACGUGUACACAAACAACUGCCAUCAUUUUGUUAACAAAAUCUCCAAAAUCAUGUGUGAAUCCGUUAUUUGUCCCGAAUGGUGUCUUCCUAAUGUUCCAAAACUGAUACCAAUCAUUUUUAAAUGACAAAAAUAGCUUACUUCAUAACAUUUCAAACAAGAAAUAAACCUAGCAGACCUUUUAUUAUCAAUUUUCUGUUUAUCUGUAAUUUAAAAUACUGAAUUGUACUCCAGGUUUCAAUAAAUGAAUUAAAAGCUGCUCUCUUGAGUUUUGAUGUGGAGGAUAUAGCUAAAUCAUUGUAAGGUCACAAUGAUAUGCAGUGACACAAUAUUUCAUAGAUUUUCAAAUGCCAAGUAUAAUAGAAAUGUUCCUAUAAAUCGCACAACUGCAAAAGUAAACAAAAAACCAAACAGUGUCAAAGACGAAGCUUCCAUUAUACCAAAUAAUUGCAUAGAAAGCCAUCCUCUGUCAAGCCAACUGGAAUAUGUUUUUUUUAAAUUUUUUACUGAAUACAUGUUUUAAAGACAGCAAUAUAGGAUUAUGCAUUUUGAGAACAUAAAUGCAUUUAACUCCAUAUAAACUACUUUACAAAGCAUUCAGGUAUUCGGCUGCACAUUGGCGAAAUGGGAGGUCGAUUUUAUAAAGCUUGUAUCAAAAUUCAAUUUACUGAUGAUUUGACAGACAUGUUUUUGUUAGUGCUCACAAAAUUCAGUUGCUAUCUGAUAUCAAAAGCAUGCCACACAAACACUAACAGAAGCAGUUAAUGUAUUGCAACUGCACUAGAGUUUGUACACUGCAGAUAGAAAAUAGUUCCAUACUUUUUUAAAAUACAUUAUCCUAAAAUUCUGCAAUUUACAAAACUUCUGUCAAUUUAAAAACAUCCAGAGAAAGACAGAGAGAGACAGAGAGAGAGUUUUAAUGUUUGCAAAUCUUAUCUAACACAGUAUGUAGUAUCACACAUCAAAAGAGCCUGGCUUUCAAUACUUUGAUUACUAGUAUAUUAUACUGUGAUACUGCAUACUGUGUUAGAUAAGAUUCAAAUAAACCCAAAGUAAACCCUGGGUU